AAUUUGCACAUUGAGAGCGAAUUCAUCAAUUCGCUGAAAUAUCGCCGCUGGUUAGUUGCCAUCAGCUGGUUUCUGUUUACAGGCGAUUGUUGUCAUUACUGUAAUUAAAGUUUCCAUUCGCUAAGCACAAUUAAGUUAAAAAUACGCGUUAAAUGCGUGGAAACAUGUUUGUUUUUAUUGUAGUAGCGAAGCAAAAAGUACGCCACCUGUGAAAGUUUGUUUGCAGUUCCAUACAAAGCAUACCCAUGGAAGAUUCAAUGUCUUCGGAAUGUCUACAAAAGCGUUUGCUCUGUUGUUUACAAGUUGUACGUCAAUAUGAUUGGCUUAUAAAUGCAUACGUUUUGGAUUAUUAUGUGGACAAUCAUUGGGAGAAGCUACCACGUUGCUGGCGUUCACAUUUGGAGAAUGUGCAACUUGAAGAGCUCAGUACUCUUUUAAAUUUCAACGAUUCUGCUGAGCAGCAACAUGCCAAUGUCUGGCCAUUAACGUUGUUGGCCUUGCGCCGCCUAUUACAAGAAUUGUGUUUGCCAAGACGACAGCAUAAAAACACAGUUGAGCUGAGUAAAAACCGCAGCGCUCUCCUUAAUCACCCAAAACUAAAGCACGUCUUUAAUAAAUGCGUCAAGCCUAAGAAGCGGCAUGAAAUCGAUGUGAUGGGCCCGAUUUGCGAAUACAGCCAACAGCGGUCACCUGUGGAUUACGUUGUGGAUUUUGGCGCUGGAUUAGGGCAUCUCGCACGCGUGCUUGGCUAUGGCUACGGCAAACAAGUAUGCUGUUUGGAAAUGCGUACGGAGCUAAAUGUUCAAGCGCGUUGCAUGGAUGAAAAUUUUGAAUUAUUCGCUGAAAAACAUUUACCCCCCAUGAAACGUGCGAAUCUAAGACGGCCAGAACAUGUAACAUUAUGCUUGACAUCGGAUAUGCAGCCACAGCAGUUCCUCAGCAUUAUUGCUGAAUCGCUGCAAAGAACAGAUACCAACUUUCAAUUCGGUAUAAUUGGUUUGCAUCCAUGUGGCGAUCUAGCCGUCAUUUUGAUGCGUAUGUUCAUCAAUAGUCCGCAAGCUCGCUUCCUAAAUUUUGCUAGCUGUUGUUACAUGAAAUUAAGCACAGCUGAAACGCAAUCCAACGCGCAGCUGCAUGGAUACCCACUCAGCCGAUACAUGCGGCAACGAGCCAAAUUAGCGCAUUUGAGCUAUGAGGCGCGGGAAAUAUCCUGCCAUGCUAUGGAGAUGUAUUGCGACCGUUUAGCUAAAGGCGAUUAUGAACACCUGAAAGUGCAUGCAUUUCGGGCAGCUACUGAACGCAUUCUAGUCAAGCACUGGCCUGAUUUAAAACAUUGCGGGCUGCGUAACGUAAAGCAUGUACCUGGCAUGCAAUUUGAAGAUUACUUCUACAAAGCAGUGCAAGGCUUAGAAGCCGCAAAUUUGCAGCGUAAUGAGCUGCAAACUGCAGUAACACAAAAUGAUUUGCGUCACUGGCGACGUAUUGUUAUUUUUUAUACGCUUCGUUUAAUGUUUGCACCGCUAGUAGAGAGCAUUAUACUGUACGAUCGUGCCUUAUAUCUGCAAGAGAAUCAUUGUCAAGUGAAAAUUCACGCAGUAUUUGAUCCACGACUAUCGCCGCGCAAUCAUAUAACCUGCGCUUUCAAAACCAGCUGAUACGGGCAGAUCUUAUACAAA